AUGAGUUUUAUGCCAUGGGUUUCACGUUUAUGUACAGCAACUAAACUUCAUGCUGUUGCUGGAAGAACAAUUAAAACAAGUUCACGCGUUCUUACUAUUGAUAGUAAAACUCCAAUUCAAAAAUUUGGAUGGAAUUAUCUUCAAACUCAAAAAGCUUUGAAACGUCCUUUAUCUCCAUCUAUUGGUAUUUAUCAAAUGCAAAUGACUUGGGGACUUUCUGGACUUUCUAGAAUUUCUGGUUCAAUAAUGGGAGGUGUUCUUGUUGUUGGUGGUGCUGGGUUUGCUUUACUUCCAUAUAAUUUUACACAAUUUUGUGAACUUAUUGAAAGUUUUCAUAUACCAUCUCCAAUAUUGGAUGCAUUUAAAUUUGUAGUUGCAUUCCCAAUUGUAUAUCAUAUUUUUAAUGGAAUUCGUUUCUUAGGAUACGAAUUUGGUAUUGGAGCUGAUUUAGCCACAAUUUAUAAAAGUGGAUAUUUUGUUUUGAUUGUAUCAGCAGCUAUUGCACUUUUCUGUGUACUUAAUGCACAAAGAAGACCAAUAAAGGAAGUUCUUAAAAAUUAA